AUGUCUGAACCUCAAGGCGUUAAACGCGCGCGAUCCAAUACUAUCGGCGAUAUCCACAUCAAUACGACAGCACCGCCACCAGAAGAGAUUUCCCAGCGCAUCCAGCAGCUGCAUCCACAGACGGUCACCAACAUUCUAACACAAGCAGCAUAA